UAAGACAGGAAAUACCAGGACUUAAGGCAGUGUUCUUAUUGCGAAAGGGGUCGAUAUGUGUCACUGUCACAAGAACAGAUAGCGGGGACAUUAGGGUCGGACGGCUACAUGUAAAAGGAUGUGAGUGCAUGGGAGGUUGUAUUAGCAUUAGAGCCCAACAUAAUGACGGCCGUGUCUGGAUCAGGAUACCUGCUCUUGCUGUGUCUGUUAUCAGCUGCUGAAUGUGACCAGGUUGUGUUCGCCACUGUGGGAUAUAAUGUGACUCUGCCGUGUAAAUAUGAUGUCCAAGCAAAUGGUCUAAGUUCAACAUGCUGGGGACAAGGUGCUAUACCAGCCUCGAAAUGUAGCAAUCAGCUGAUCGCCAGUGACGGUGCAACAGUCAGAAAAGACUCACAGGUGUCCAGCAGGUACCAGCUCCUGGGUGACCUGAGACAGGGUGAUGUUUCCAUGACGAUAUUAAACGUCAGUGAGAUGGACUCUGGACUAUACGGAUGCAGAGCGGAAAUAGCGGGAUGGUGGAACGACCUUAAACAUCACUUUCAAUUGAGAGUUCAGAAAGAUACUAAGCCAACCCCAAAGAGGACAUUGGAUAAUGCCACUUCCACAGAACAGACCACAUUGAAGUACACACAAGCUCACAUCAAUUCCACACGGUACUGGGACCCUUCUGAAACGGUUCUAAGCCCUGUACAGGGAAGUAGUGGCCAAUUUUCUGUGCCGAUUGCAUGUGUUCUGAUCAUCGCUUCCAUUGCAGUGGCGGGUGUUGCUGUCUACUUUAUAAAGAGAUCGGGAAAAUUCAGCAAAUCUUCCCAGAUAAACUCGCUGUCUGUUCCUGAACCUAACAACAGAGAGGAGAACAUCUACCAGAUGGAUGAAGUCAACCCCUAUCAGACCUUUCAAUGACAUUUUGUGUGAUUUGAUACAUAAUCCGUAGGUUAUUAAUAUAGUCAUUGCUAUGCUGUCCAAUCUGAUUGAACCUGUAUCCGUGUGAUUCUUUUGUACAGUCUGCUCAGCUGUGUCUGAAAUAUAAUCAAAAUCGCUCGUAACCUUGUUUAUAUAAUAUCCAAAUAAUAAUGUGUGUAUUUUUUUAUCAUCAUGCCCUACAACUUUGAGUUGGUGUGCCUUUAACUUCUGGUACUUUGGUGCCUCACCCCGAAUAAAGUUGAGAAUCACUGCUGGGAGGGGGGACACUGACACAAAACAGUCAAGGCGGAUGUCAGUCCUCAGUCUAAGGACUGUGCUAGAUAUGUCUACCCAGAGAUCACACAUUUUGAAACGUUGCACCUAAAUGUGUUAUGCAACCAGACAAGAUGUAUAAAACCGUCUUUGUAUCUUAACACAAAAGUUAAAUUUAGCAAGAUCAAAAAUUGUUUCAACAU